AUGCUAGCUGGACGGCCAGACUUGCCCGUGCAUUCUGAGCAUCGCAGCAGCAAGAUGGAUUUGCUCGACGUGGAAGGGCAUGAUCUGGUCGGACCUGCGGUACGUAUUCCCCUUCUCAUGUCAGACAUCAUUUAUGAUUCAGUUCCUGCAUGUUUGCAGCACCUGGGAAGCUAUGUCAUGGCCAUUGCGCCUCGAGGGCCAACGCUCCGUUCAGGCGAAGGUGUCGAAAGUGGCAUCAAGCAGGUAUGGUUCAUAUGCUUCACAGGCACAAAAGAUGCGUUAGCGAAGUUUCUGUCUCGGCUCUCCUCAGCUGGGGCACUACGUUGGGACACAGAAGUCCUGGGACAGAACUGGCGUUUGCUCCACACAGGACGAAGCCAGGUGGCCUCCUGUUGGCCCAGGAUGUCGAUGGCUCACGCGACCAGCCACGGCCGGAGAAUCGGUUUGCCCGCGUGUGUGGCCGUCAAGACCUUUCUGCGCUCCGCCGUGGAGCUGGCGAAAGAAGUGAAGAUUUUGGCCAAAUGCAAUCAUCAUCCGGCCAUCAAUUCCUUUAUGGGUCUUUUCUGUGUCGAAGAUCCGGCCAAAAUCCAUUCAGGAAGCCAGGCGCGCUGCUGGGCAAUGGCAACAGAACUAGAAUGUGGAAAUGACCUCCAACGUCACGUUGAAGCAAAACGCAUGUUGGAAGAAGGAUCCGUCAUUAAAGCCAUGUUGGGGGUCACCGGUGCUGUGGCCUUUCUUCACAAGUUGAAGAUCAUUCAUCGAGACGUGAAGCCAUCACACAUUCUGCUCAACUACGAAGGCUGUGGUAUCCUCUCAGAUCUUAGUUCGGCAGUGGAGCUGUGCGGCGAGCUGGAGAAGGUCGGAGAGCUGUGCGGAUCUCCUGGCUAUGCAGCCCCAGAGAUGGUCAAAGGACUGGCAUAUGAUGAGAUGGUGGACAUUUACAGCAUUGGAGUGGUGAUUUACUUUGCACUGUGCGGCACACUACCUUUCUCUGCCACAGCAGGUGCCGUGAAGCACAAUGCAAACUUCAGUGCACCGGCCUUGGAGCGGGUGAGCAACGGACUCCGUUUGCUGCUGCGUGCUGCCAUGGCACAAAACAGGAUCAAUCGUCCUUCAGCCAGAGCCAGCUUUGUGACGCUUUGGCACAUGGCCCUCUUGCGGCGCUUGAGGCGCUGGGGCUCUUGGUAUCGUUUCAGCGGGGAGGAGCUGCCUUUGCUGGAGAGCCUAAAGACAAGUUUUCGGCACCUGCUGAAUGCUUUGGCAAGACUACGAGAGGAGCUCGAUUGCUUGGAUGACGGCUCGACUGCUUUGCCUCUCUCCUUGGCAGUGGAGGAGAUGGCACCACUCUUGCUCGUGGCCUCACAAGUGCAGGCUGCAGCUUCUGGUUGGUGUCAAGCUUUGGCGUCUUUCGACGGCCUUGAGCUACGCUCAUUGCCAACCUCAGACGAGGUCUCCAUUUUAGAUGCCGAGAAGCUGGCAGAUUUCAUUGAAGAGGCCCUGGGUGCCGAAGCGUCGUUGGAGCGCCAGCUACGGCGCUUCGGCCAGCUGCGCCGAGAGGCCGUGGAACGUGCCAAAGCCUCCAUCGAGGCAGGUCCUACCUUGGAUUUCCAGCCGGAGGAGGAACAGGAAGCUUUGCACUGA